CACACGGAGCACAGGGAAGGGAGCUCAGGAACCCGAGGUCCAAUGGCAACCCGCGGGGCCCCCCGCGAGGCGAAAGCGCCAGCCGCUGGAGCCCACUCACCAGAUGCAGCCGCCAAGAUGGCCGGGGAGCGAGAAAGGAAGUAGUUCCCACAAUGCAAAGCUCUUCACCACCCAGCCGGGAGCCCCGACCGGAAGCGGAAGCAGAUCGCAAGCGGAAAAGGCGGGGCAAGAAGGGAUGGACCGCUCCGGUUGCUAUAGGUACGGCUGGGGAGGGCGGCCGGGGUGCUGUGAGCUGAAACCAGCCGAGUGCUUGAGGCCGGCCCUGCUCGUGGCUCUGGCUUCCAGCUGCGGCCUGAGGAGCCGCGGUCGGCGGAGCCGGUUGGGAACCGGAGAACCGGCUGAAGGUGCGCCCCGCCGCCCCGCGCUCCGCUGUGCGCUUGCGCUCUGCAGCCGCGGGAGCCGGGCCCCGGAGUUGCAGGAACUUCUGCGCCGCGGAGCCGUCGCGCGGGACCCAGGCUCCCGGGCGGAUACCGCGUGGGGCUGGGAGCGGCGGCUGCACUCGCCCUCCGGGCCGGGCUCCUGCCCGCGGCGGCGGCGCCACGAUGGGCUGCUCCAGCAGCGCCCUCGGCAAGGCCGGCGACAGCCGCAGACUCCCCCAGGGGGAAAAGGGGAAUUCGGGUCGGCUCGCUCCCCCGGGGUCCGAAAGUGCGACUGGUGCCCACCCGCCCGGCAGGGGGCGGGCUCCUCCCCGAGGAUGGGAGUGGAACCCGAGCGCCGCUGCUGA